GGAAAAUUAUUGUAUCUAUGGCUCCGAAAAGAUCAUCAGGGAAUCCCAGGAAAUGUCCAACUACGCCUACUACCGAAAGCGCAUCACGGUGCUGUGAUCUUAAGGGAAUAUUGACAGAGAUUAAAAAUACUCAAAUAGAGCAAGGAAAGACACUUAAAGAACAAGCUAAAACACAAGAAGACCAAAAUAAAUUGCUUUCCUACAUCAAGAUGUGCAUGGGCAAACGUGAAAUAGAACAACGGUUGAUCAACAAAAUAAGAAGCGGUUUCCCCAUCAGUAGCAUGAAAGAUUUGGCGAAUUUUGAGAGGAAACUCAUUAUACAAGAUUGGAAGGAAGCUUUCCAAAGUAUCGCCAAAGAAAAUCUAAAGUUGAAAGAAUUUCUGACCGACGAAGUCAUAUUUCAAACAAAUUUGUCUGGAGCCAACAAAAAAGUUCAGAUGCGUGGGCUUCGCUUCUAUAAACUAUGGAAAGAAGCAUCCAAUAAUUCAGCGACUAGAUUUGACAAUUUUAUAAGAAGGGAAAUAGAAAAAGCGAAGAACCGGGUGUAUGUGAAGAAUUCAAAGAAUAAGAAGAAGGAACAAAUUUGUCAGGUCCCUCAGGAGGAUGAUACGUCAGACGAGGACCUUCCUGAGCAAAACGCACCACAGGAGGAAACUUUUGAAAUAGAAGUGUUCUCUUCUCCAAAACCUGAGAAUGAGAUGACUGACGCCGAGUCAGAUGAUGUGCAGUCUGAUAGUCCAUUUGAAGAAUAAUUAUGAGUUAAAGUCUUUAUUAAACCGUUCCUUGCAUCCUGCUUACGAAAUACCAAAUGAAAUUAUAAUAAUAUUCAUAUUAAUAUUCUAUGAAAAAAAAACAAAGUUGCUCUUCAUAUAAGUGUAAAUUUUACAUUCUAAGGUUGGUAAAGAGGCUAUUUUUGCGUUGCUGAACAUAUGAAUUUAGGUCAUUUUUGCUUUUCCAGACACUGAUUUAGAACAACCGUAUAAGAAAUGGAUGUAAAAUGUUAUAAUAAUUUACACAACGUUUGACAAAUCUAAAUGUAUUUGAAAUAUGUUUUGGGAAUGAAGUCAGUUGAUUCUCCUUUAUAUCAAUUCAUUGUUUCUCUAAUAAAAUGAUUUUUUUGAAUAAAA